AUGGCAUUGAGUACUAUCGAACAUACUACAUUCUACAAAAAAUUAUUGGCUGGGACAUUAGAUUUGCCUAACAAUUAUGAAACUGAAGAAAACUUGAACUUCUCAUUCUUGGCUGAUGAUGCAUUUGCAUUACAUAACCAUGUGUUGAAACCGUACCCAGGAAGUGGAGUUACGCAUGAAGAACGGAUAUUCAAUUAUAGAUUGGCUAGAGGCAGGAAUGUAGUAGAAAAUGCAUUUGGACUUUUAACAAGCCGAUUUAGAGUUCUACACACAGCUAUAAAUAUGUCACCAGAUAAUAUAAAAAAAGUUGUUCUAGCAAUUUGUUCCCUGCACAAUUUUUUGCGAAAAACAAGUAACUCUUAUGCUUCAAAUAAGACAUUUGACAAAGAAGACACGAAUACACAUGAAAUUAUAAAUAAUGGCGAUUGGAGAAAUGAAGCAGCUGAUAUCACUGAAAUUCAAAAACUUGUACAACGAAAUGCCCAUUCUGAUUCAAAAAUUAAUCUGAAUAAUCAUAAAAAAUUUUAUAAUGAAAAAGGGAAAGUAGAUUGGCAAGAAGAAAUGUUGCAAAAGGGAAAAGCAUAG